CCUCAGUCUCUCUCCCUCUCUCUUUCUUUCUUUUUUUUUCGUUUUUUUUGCCCUUCUGGCUGUUUUUAUCUCUAAUUUAAGUGUAGCCUUGCAAAAUGGCAAAGCAAUUGAAGUACCUCGAGUUAGUGGAGCAGAUGAAGGGCCGACAAACGAUCAAUGGAUACGACGUUCUGGUGUCUUACUCCCAGGAAAAAAUCAACCAACUCCUCCAAGCACGCUCCGAGAGCCUGACUUCAAUCCUAGGCCUGGGACCGCUGGAUGUAGAUGGCAAGAUCACUGGUGUCGGCCCAGUUCACCUUUCCGUGUCCAUGAAGCUCGACCACCCUCGUCUUCAAUUUGUGGAUGAAUACGGAAACAUUACCCUUGCAUUUCGCAUCCUGUCAGGAUCAAUCACAAAUAAGGAUACAAAGAAUACGGACUAUUUAACCGACGAUCUUGUACUCAGUUUCAACACCACUCUUGUUAACGUCACUGGGACCGUCGAAGGUGACUUUGCGAACCCAGGUGCCAAAACCGCGCCAGUCAACGAGCCAGUCAUCCUCAACCCGGACCAAAAGAACGUGUCCCAGGGAGUCUGCGUUACUUUCGAAAAAUCCUCGCUCGAUAUCACUUCCACCACGGGACAGGACAGGUUGGAUCUGGCUGUAGUGAAGAGUGGUUUGCAAAAAUAUUUCAAGGAGCAUGCGGAGCUCAAAUAUUAUGUCGCUGGUGUUUCCAACCAGUACCAGCCGGAAUCCGGAUCCCAUCUUUUACGGCCUCACGCCUUUUCGUUCGCCACAAUCAAAGGCAACACGGAGGCCGAGACCUCGGCGUUGUGUAUGCGGAUCCACGUCGCGCAAGGGACAGGCGGAAGCGAUGAUUCUGCAUGGACUCCGUUUGGUGCUGACGGUUUGCUUCCUAUGCCCCGCGGAUCUGAUUGCAGCAUGAUCAUCAAAAGUGACGUUUUUGUGGACCAACUUAUCUUGCCCAGUCUACGCAAUGGGUUCGGUGCUUUGGAGAACAAAACAAAACCAGGUGAAGGUGGUUUGGCUUGCAUUGGGAACAUGACAGCAGGAUUUGUUGAGGUUCCGGCCGUGGAUAAUGGCGAUGGCAAAGUUGAUGGUGGUUUAGGGUACUAUAAAGUGCAGUUGGCGGGCUUCCAUUUCAGUCCGGGGGUGCCCAAGACGACAAUCACGCUCGGCGGUGAUAUCAACGCCACGUCGAACGAAAUUCAAUUUACCAGCUCGACGCAGGAAGUAUCGUGGAAAGAUGAAAUAGGAACCGAAAAAGGUAGUGUGAAAGGCUCUGGCACAGUUGAUCUCCAGUUUUCCUGGGGGGCGAAAGGAUCGUGGAAAGAUAAAAGCAAUUCUGACCACCCCAAUAUGCUCGGUUUUGACUGGGUCGGCGAUGGCAACUGGAAUAUCCAUUUACCCAAGGUUGACGAACGCAGUUGGUUGGAAAGGGCGUGGAAAGGCCGUGGUUCCGUUCCGGCGGAGUAUAAGAACUUGCAGGUCCCCAGCCCUAAUGUGAACCUGGAGGUGAAGACGCUCGAUUAUUUCUUGACCACGAACUUGUUGUACCCGGGCAAGCACAUCUUCAAGGCCGACAAUCCUUCUUCGGAUAGCACGGACAAAGGGCUUGCUUUUCCGCAUGACCUGAUUUUGACCGGCCAGAUCUUGACCAGCUGAGUUUUCCAUUUGUCAACUCUUGCCUAUUAUUUUCACGAAUCGAUCGAUGUUGACGUUGAUUUGGCAGUCAACCCUGAGUAGCUAAGGAUGGAUGGCUUGAUAGCUAUCCAAGUCAAGUUUGAAGGCAGAGAGACCUAUGGAUAUGUUGCAGCAUCUCUUGACGGAUGAAACUUUCGCAAUGACUUUUUUUUCUUUUCUAGUUACAUGAUGGCCUCCAAAUUGUUUUAGAUAGGCCCCUUGGUUGAUAGUUCGUUAACAAAAAC